AUGGCGUCCAGAUACUUGCAGGUGAACGAGACAAAUGUGACAGAGGCGCAGUCGUACUUGUUGUUGCUGUUGGGGUCCACUUUGUUUGUGGACAAGAGCAGAGAUAGCGUUCGGCCGGUGGUGAACCUAUUUUUGGAAAAGUUGGAGGAGGUAGUUCAGUACAGUUGGGCGUCAGGUACACUUGCUUGGUUGUACAAAUACCUUGGUCAAGCGUCUCGUGCUGGUGCCCUGGGGGUGGAUGGUUGUCUCACACUUAUGCAGUGUUGGAUCUACGAGUACUUUCCGGGUUUCAGGCCAUCUCACUUCGAGCCACCCGUCGUUGGACCUAAUGAGGCUUGGGCUUCACGAUGGAUUGGGCAGCCGGCACCUGGUUCUGUGGCGGAUCCUAGUGUGAGGUUGGCGUUCUACCGUCAAGCUCUUGACAUCUUGACCCCUUCUGAUGUGUUUUGGACACCUUUCCAUAAGAGGCCUCAUCAGGCAGUGCGUCGCUCUUUGUACACUGGAGUGAUCCGGUUCGCUGGUAUAAGCGAGUUCUAUGAUCCAGCCCGUUGCCUCCGACAGUUUGGAUACCAACAGAUGGUACCGCCUGCCCCUUCGCUGCCUCAGCGAGCAGACCGACCAGAGGCACCUGGUGGAUAUGUCAUUCAGAUUCUUGAGAGUUUUGAUGUUGCAUGA